AUGGCCAAAGCCGACUUUUACCGGGUUCUCCAGGUGGCGCCACACGCUACCAUGGCGGACAUUAAAACGAAUUACCGUCGAUUGGUCCUUCAACUCCAUCCCGAUCGACUCAAGCACGUGCCGGAAGCGGAACGCCUGUUGAAAACCGUCGAAUUCAAGAAAGUCACGGAAGCCUACGCCGUCUUGUCCGACACCACGCAACGCCACGCUUACGAUCGG